AUGAAAACAAAUUUUCCAAAUUUAGUCGGGGCUGUAGAUGGAAAGCACAUUCGCUGUAUUAAUCCAAAAAAUAGUGGUUCUAUGUUUUUUAACUACAAAAAAUAUUUUUCUAUUCUUUUAAUGGUGUUUGUUGAUUCAGAAUAUUGUUUUGUGUCCAUCGAUGUUGGGGCGUAUGGUCGGGAAGGCGAUUCUAUAGUAUUCAAAGAUUGUCCGUUUGGAAAAAAACUUUAUUCUGAUCAAUUAAAUCUUCCAGCCCCUGCUUGUUUACCAAAUACAACAGAUUCUCCGCAACCUUACGUUAUCGUAGGAGACGAAGCUUUUGGAUUGCAUAAGAAUUUAUUAAGACCAUAUCCGGGACGUGGUCUUAAUGCAACAAGAAGAGUUUUUAACUAUAGACUGUCCCGUGCUCGAAGGUUAGUAGAAUGCGCCUUUGGUAUUCUUGCAAACAAAUGGAGAGUUCUACACAGUCCACUUUUAGUCGAACCAGACUACGCAGACGACAUUAUUAAAGCUUGUUGCAUUCUUCACAAUUUUGUUCGAAGAAGAGAUGGUUACAAAUUUGAAGAUACUCUUUCUAAUGUCAUGGAGGACUUUGAAAAUGGCGGAGCUGCAGGAGCUCGUCUGCAAGGUACGCAAGUACGCGACUAUUUUGCGGACUAUUUUAUGGGUGCCGGGUCAGUACCCUUUCAAUCUAGGUUUUCUUACUAA